GCGAGCGCGCCGGUGGCCGCCCUUCCCCCACCUCCCGCCGCGAGUGGGUGACAGGGCUCCGGUCUCCACGCGUUUUAGCCGCCCCGCGCCGUGACCCGGCCUGGCACUGAGCCACGAGCGGAGGCUGUGCCCCUCCAGUUCUGCCUUCAUAGUUCUCUGCCUUUACCCAAAAGCUGUAGAAAAUGAACAAAUCCCAGGGAUCAGUGUCAUUCACGGAUGUGACUGUGGACUUCACCCAGGAGGAAUGGGAGCAACUGGACCCCUCUCAGAGGAUCCUCUACAUGGACGUGAUGCUGGAGAAUUACAGCAACUUACUAUCAGUGGAGGUAUGGAAGGCUGAUGACCAGAUGGAGAGGGACCACGGAAACCCAGAUGAGCAGGCAAGGCCAUUUAUAAUCUUUAAGAACCAAACCCCAAAUGAAGAAAGAGAUAAUCUCUUUGGAAAAACAUUUAAUCUUAGCACAGACUUUGUUUCUUUAAGACAAGUACCCUAUAAAUAUGACUUCUAUGAAAAAACUUUGAGAUAUAAUUCAGACUUACUUACUAGCGAUAGAAGCUAUAUAAGAAAGAAAGAUGACGACUGUAAUGGAUUUGGGAAAGCACUCCUCUAUCUGAAGCAAGAGAAAACCCAUACCGGAGUGGAAUACUCUGAAUAUAGUAGAAGUGGAAAAGCCUUCAGUCAUAAAGAAGGCAUUUUUAAACACCAGAAAAUCAGAAAUUUGGUGCAACCUUUUAUCUGUAAUUAUUGUGACAAGGCGUUCUCAUUUAAAUCACUCCUUAUUAGUCAUAAGAGAAUACAUACUGGAGAAAAACCUUAUGAAUGUAAUGUGUGUAAGAAAACCUUCUCCCAUAAGGCAAACCUCAUUAAACAUCAGAGAAUCCAUACUGGGGAGAAACCCUUUGAAUGUCUUGAAUGUGGAAAAGCUUUCACCCACCAGUCAAACCUCAUUGUACACCAGCGAGCACAUAUGGAGAAGAAGCCCUAUGAAUGCGGUGAAUGUGGCAAGACCUUUGCCCAGAAAUUUGAACUUACUACACACCAGAGAAUUCAUACCGGAGAACGGCCCUAUGAGUGUAAUGAAUGUGCCAAAACCUUCUUCAAGAAAUCAAACCUCAUAAUACACCAGAAAAUUCACACAGGGGAGAAACGCUAUGAGUGCAGUGAAUGUGGAAAAUCCUUUAUCCAGAACUCACAACUCAUUAUACAUAUGAGAACUCAUACCGGAGAAAAACCCUAUGAAUGUACUGAAUGCGGCAAAACAUUCAGCCAGAGGUCAACUCUUAGAUUACAUUUGCGAAUCCACACAGGAGAGAAACCAUAUGAGUGUUCUGAAUGUGGGAAGGCCUUCAGCAGGAAGUCCCGACUCAGUGUUCAUCAGAGGGUUCAUACUGGGGAUAAACCCUGAGACUGCAGCCAGGUUGUACUGUGAGAACCCUUCCAGUAGGGAGAAACCUUACGAAGGUGCUGAAGGAACAUGGGAACUCACACUGAGAUACAAUCUGUCAACUCAAAAAUGUGUAAAAAUGAGGUCCCCUAAGAACAAUAUUGUGCUGAGAGUUAGGUAUAUGAUACCCAACUAAAGAAUACAUAUCAGAAUAUAUCCAAUUGUAAAUAGAUGUACUUAGCUGUAUUACAGUGAGUUUUUUAAAAUCUUGAAUAAUUCAUUCAAUAAUGAAAUAUUUUGGGCAGCAAGCAGCAUAAAGGAGCUAGAGACAGUACCCUAGGAAUUCAGUGGUUAUGUGCGAGAAUAUGCCACAAAAAAAACCACUAUAUUUUAGAUCUGUACAUGUAAAUUUAACAGACACUAAGAAUUUGGAAUUCUUGUCUUGAUAAUCAAAUUAGGACACAUCAAACAUGAUUUUCCAUACUGAACAUGUGUUUUUCAGUACCUUUACAAUCCUGUCUGCAUUCCAAAUGAAACACAUUUUCAUAGCAUGUAGCGUAUGUUUUCUCCUCCUCCUUGCUGGCAUAUGUAAGUUGGUAUGACCAUUGUUACUGAGCUGCCUCUUCAGUCAACAGAAGACAGUGUUGUUGAAGUUUUAACCUUCUGGGUUUGUUGAAGAUUUCCUAGAAGUAUUAUUGACAUAAAUAUGCAAGUGUGAGAUAAUUAAGAGAGACUGAAGAGAGUGAAAGGCGGCAGAUGUGGGUUCUGUCACUCAGAGUGCACCACGGAAUAAAUGGGCUGUGUAAAGAGUAGCCACACCCAUCAUGCUCUUGUUAUUUUCCACUGGGAUAUUUACAUACAAAUGCAAAUGCAUGUCUUUUACCAAAAUAUUGUAUAACCCAGAAACUACAUGUAUUUUGGGGUGUUUCCCUAUUUCUCUCAAUAUUUUAUAAAUUGUCUUGCAAAAAAUAGGAUGCAUAUGUAGUUCAAGUGUUACAUUUCAGAUACCUUAGAGGAAAAAUAAUUUAAGAAACUGUCAAUAAAUGUCUUAUAUUGCUUUUUAAA